AUGUCCGCUGUUGGCGUGAGAGUCUCAGGCUGUGGUCUGGUGGACGGAAUGGACCCCGACAAGAUUCGCAGCCGGGGGAGUGGCCUUGUGACGGGGAUCAUUGAGGGGACCUUUUGGGGAAGAGGGGCCGCCGAUGCGAUUGGCUGCCGCUGUGGCCCAAGCUUAUGGGGGCUGCAGGUGCCUCGGACAUGCUCUUCAGCGCACCCGACUAUGGCCUCUCUCCCUGUAGACUGCCAGGGGGCAGCCAUCUGGGCUAUUGAGAUUGGCGCUAAGCGAGCACGAGUCCGUCGAGCCCGAGGCUUCAAGGUUGUCCGCCGACCCCAGCAGAUUACGCCUUUCCUAUGUCUCCUGAAGCAGAGCCAGAAGAUUUCAUAG